GCCUUCCUCUCCAUUUGCACAUACUCAGUGCCACUCCCCCUCUGCACACAAAGCUCCGCCUCUCAGUGUGAAACUGCCAAUUCCUGGCUGAGUUGAGGUUGAGCAGUGCUUCCACCAAAGGCCUGUCUGUCUGUCCUGCAGGAGGGAUGAAUAAGACGGAUCAUGCGCGUCUCUGACAUGCCGUGAAAGCAGAUCUUCUGGUCUCCACCCAGAACAAGGUUUCUUGAGCGCAAUCAAAAUGGAUCUGAAGUUGGCAGAGAAAGAGGCUUUGGACUGUACCGACGGCCUGAGCAUCUUCUCUAUGGCUACUUGCACACAGACUGAGCCAGGGAUAUUACAGACAAAGACAGAAGAAGUGGAACCAGGUGAAGAAGCUCUUGGAGAACCUGUGAGGGCACUAGAAGGAUCUCCUAGAGAAGAGGAGCAGGAGAAUUCUAAAGGACACAAUGCCACAAUGAUGAGUGAAACGUCUUGUUUUCCACUGGUGGAAUUUGAGUGGGAAACCUUGCAAAUAAAGGCAGAAAAAGAUAAACAAGACAUUGAAGAUCACUUGGUGGCCUUUAUACUCAGUGAUUGGAAUUACUUAGAUAAUAAAGAGAGUUUGGGCUUAGGAGGACCCUCUUCAAAGCAAGAGACUCUAUCGUGUCCAGAGACCAAUGAGUUCUGCUGCUGUUCAGAUGGGUUGGAUCCUGGAGGGUUUCUUGGGCAGGCGCGGUGUAAGCCAGAGCUUGAGUCCAGCACAAUGUAUGUUGGUUGCUCAGAUGAUUCUAAAUCAUGUGCUGAUAAUUUUGUCAAGCACUGCUGUGUCCAUCAUAACACAAUGAAUUUUGCUGAUGCCGAAAACGAAAGUCACAUGGGAGAGCCCCCCUUUAUCUGUGCUCUGUGUUGCCAGUGCUUCAGUAGCCCAGAUGCCUUGCAGAUACAUCAGCUGCUCCAUGCAGAAGAAACGGCUUUUACAUGCAGAGAAUGUGGCAAAAGCUUCUCUCUGAUGAGCCGACUCCACAAACACCAAAGGCUUCACACAGGAGAGAAACCAUUUGCAUGUCCAGAAUGUGGCAAAAUGUUUUUCCUGAAGACCAGCCUUCAGAAGCAUCAGAAAUGUCACACAGGGGUGAAACCCUUCAGAUGUCCAGAAUGCGGGAAAUAUUUUUCUCAGAAAUCUAGUCUGUGCACCCACAAGAAGAUUCACACGGGGGAAAAACCAUAUGAAUGCUCAGAGUGUGGGAAAAGCUUCUCUCUUAAGAGCAGGCUCCAACAUCACCAGAGAGUGCACACCGGGGAGAAACCAUUUGUUUGCACAGAAUGCGGGAAGAGCUUCUCUCUAAAAAGCACGCUCAAUACUCACUGGAAUAUUCACACGGGGGAGAAACCAUUCACAUGCACAGAAUGUGGCAGAAGCUUCACUCUAAAGAGCAGACUCCAAAAUCACCAAAGAGUGCACACAGGGGAGAAACCAUUUACGUGUAUUGAGUGUGGAAAAAGCUUCUCCCUGAAGAGCACACUCACUAACCACUGGAAUAUUCACACCGGGGAGAAGCCGUUCCAGUGCACAGAAUGCGAGCAAAGCUUCUCCCUGAAAAGCAGACUCCACCGUCACCAACGACUGCACACAGGAGAGAAACCAUUCAGGUGUGCCGAAUGCGGCAAAAUGUUUUUCCUAAAGACCAGCCUCCACAAACAUCAUGAAACUCACACCGGGCUGAAACCCUUCAGCUGUACAGAAUGUGGGAAAAGCUUUUCCCAGAAAUCUAGCCUUUAUACCCACAAUAAAAUCCACACAGGGGAGAAACCAUAUACAUGCACAGAAUGUGGCAGAGGUUUCUCUCUAAAGAGCAGGCUUCUCCAUCACCAGCGAGUGCACACGGGGGAGAAACCAUUUACAUGCACAGAAUGCGGAAAAUGCUUCUCUUUAAAAAGUACACUGACUACCCAUUGGAAUGUUCACACAGGGGAGAAACCAUUCACCUGCACAGAAUGCGGGAAAAGCUUCUCCCUAAAAAGCAGGCUCCGCAGUCACCAAAGAGUGCACACAGGGGAGAAACCCUUUGCGUGCUCGGAGUGUGGAAAAUGUUUUUCUCUGAAAAGCUCGCUAACUGCUCACUGGAAUGUACACACCGGAGUGAAACCGUUUGUGUGCACUUUAUGCGGGAAAAGUUUUUCUUUAAAAACAAGGCUCCAAACUCACCAGAAAUUGCAUGCAGAGGCCAAUUGUUUCACAUGUUCGACCUGCGGGAAGAGCUUCUGCAAGAAGUGGGACUUCUACGUCCACUGUAACAUCCACACAACAGAUAAAGUGUUUACCUGUGCCGAGUGCGGCAAAAACUUCUCUACAAAAGGAGUCCUCCAGAAACACCACCAAAUCCACACCGGGGAGAAACCAUUUACGUGUACAGAAUGCGGCAAAAGCUUUUCCCUAAAGAGCAUACUCAACCGGCACCAUAGAGUUCACACAGGGGAGAAACCCUUUACGUGUAUCGAAUGUGGCAAAAGCUUCUCCCAAAAAGGCUCACUUGACAGUCACUGGAAUAUUCACACCGGGCUCAAGUCUUUCGCCUGCACCCACUGUGGGAAAGAAUUCUCUCGAAAGAGCAGGCUCACCAUUCACCAGAGAAUCCACACAGAGGAUAGAAGCUUCUCUAGAAAGAACACAAGUGGGGGGCAGAGACAUUUUACAUUUACAAACUGUGAGAAAAGCUUCUUGCACAACCACCAUAAAGAGAACACAGAGGAUUUUGGGAGAAGCUGGUCUCAAAAGGGAAACUGUGAGAAUCAUCAGAGAGCGCCCCAUGGGGGGAAACCUUUCCGGUGUACGGAGUGCGGGAAGAGUUUCUCUCUGAAAGCGACCCUUUACAAGCAUCAUAUGGUUCACACGGGGGAGAAACCUUUCACAUGCACCGAAUGUGGCAAAAGCUUCUCUCUAAAAAUCAGACUCCGUUAUCACCAAAGAGUGCACACGGGAGAGAAGCCGCACGUAUGUAAAGAAUGCGGCAAAUGCUUCGCUCUGAAGCCUAACCUCAAUGUACACCGGCUGCUUCACACAGGGGAGAAACCGUUCACCUGCACCGAAUGUGGCAAGAACUUCUCCCUCAAGAGUCGACUCCAACAUCACCAGAGAGUGCAUACCGGAGAGAAACCCUUUAAAUGCAACAAAUGUGGCAAAAGCUUCUGCCAAAAACGUACACUUACGAUUCACUGGAAGAUUCACACGGGGGAGAAACCCUUCACAUGUAACGAAUGCGGCAAAAGCUUCUGCCAAAAGAUCCACCUUAUUCGGCACCAGAAGGUUCACUCGGAGAAACCAUUCCCCUGCGCAGAGUGCGGCAAAAGCUUCUCCCAGAAGGGGCAGCUCAGCAAACACGAGAAAACCCAUUUAGCAGAGAAACCCUUUAACUGUACGGAGUGCGGGAAAGGCUUCCUGAGAGAGAACGAACUGUAUAUCCACAAGAGAGUGCACACAGGGGAGAAACCAUUCACUUGUACGGAAUGUGGCAAAAGCUUCUUCCAAAAAAACAAACUCAACCGGCACCAAAAGGUUCACUCAGGGGACAAACCGUACGCGUGUUCCGAAUGCGGGAAAAGCUUCUAUGAGAGAUGUGUCCUGUACACUCACCUGAGAGUUCACACUGGGGAGAAACCAUUCGCCUGUCCAAAAUGUGGCAAACGGUUCUCCCAAAGGAGCACCCUAUACAAGCACGACAGGAUUCACACGGGGGAGAAACCAUUCACGUGCAGUGAAUGCGGGAGGAGCUUCACGCUAAAGAACCACCUUCACGACCACCAGAAAACGCACAGAGGUGAGAAACGUUACUCUUGCAUGGAAUGUGGGGCCAGCUUCUCUGUGAAGGACAAACUUCUAAAGCACCAGAAAAUCCACACUGGUUAGUGAGGAACCUUCAACCUUUCUGGAACUGCCUGGAAAAAGCUUGUGGGACGCGGGGCACAGGCAGCACCUCGUUUUUAACAACCAAUGGAAUUUUACUCUCCUGUGUACCCCAGUCUCAGUGCUGCCCCCUUCUGGCUUGUCUGUUUCCUUACAUGUGCUUCUGUGGACUUUCACUAUUCCACUGGACCAGCUAUAAAUAAUCCUUCAUGGGGGCUGAACUGUCCCACCCAACAUUCCAAAUGUAAAACUGAUCACAAUUGUGUUGCACAUCAGGACAGGGGGUAUGUGGCCAAGAUGAGACUUGGUGACCAGCUUUUGGCUUAGAGCAAUGCCACCGUUCUGCAGACCUACAGCAAAAUUCCCGGCUGAUUGUAUAGACCUGUGCAGCCAGGGAAGCCAUUGCAGCCCCCAGUCCGACCCCUGCAUCUCUUGGUUUUUCCGCUAAUUAUUUUCCGAACCAUAGUUGUAUUUUCCUAUUAGCUGGAGCCUCUUGUUAAUAAAUGCAAAUAAAAUAGUUUCGAUACAUUG